UCUUCACGGUUGUUCUCUCAAACAAGACCACUGUCCUGUUUCAAUGGGAGAUAAAUAGCGAUUAUGAAGCAUUUCUUUGGUUUUUUAACUGUAGCUACUGUGUUGAAUAUGUUUCGUCAGUUUCUCUCACAAUAAACACAUUGCGAAAGAAACUCUCAGUCGCUCUUUAUUUUGAGACCUUAAAGCAAAUGUUAAUGACUAUGACGGGCUACCUUAAGUUCAGUAUGACUGAAACCCCUUCGUGUCACCUUCAGGAAUCCAUCAACUUCCACAUUUACACAGGACUGAAAAUGCUGCAUGAAGAUCACCUGAUGUCUUCUUCUUCUUGACUUGGUUUAUUCAGUCGUCCCUUUAAUUUUUCCCCCGCAAUGAAAACAGCUCAUCCAGCAUCAUCAGGAGCUGCUCUUUGAUCUGGAGCUGCGUGUGCGCAUGCGCAGCUCAUUGCCUUCGCUGCACUGGCUUCAGUAAGUUGGAUGUGCGCUGUCUUCAUCAUCACAUCCAUAACCCAUCAAAACUGUUGCAAUGGAGAGUAUCGGAAAAACCCCACAUAUCUUCUUCUUAUGUCCGCUGAUCGUGGCCGUGGCGUGCGCGCAAAGUAGCAGAGACCCGAGCAACAUGCCGGUGGUCAAAGACACCGUGGACAGACUCAUGAAAGGAUACGACAUUCGGCUGAGGCCAGAUUUCGGAGGCGCUCCUGUGGCGGUGGGGAUGAAUAUAGACAUAGCCAGCAUAGACAUGGUAUCCGAAGUAAACAUGGACUACACCCUGACCAUGUAUUUCCAGCAGGCUUGGCGAGACAAGCGCUUGUCGUACACAGAGAUCCCUCUGAAUCUAACCUUGGAUAACCGCGUGGCUGACCAGCUGUGGGUGCCUGACACCUACUUUCUCAACGAUAAGAAAUCCUUCGUUCACGGAGUGACAGUCAAGAACCGAAUGAUACGCCUGCAUCCCGACGGCACGGUGCUCUACGGAUUAAGGAUCACCACCACUGCGGCCUGUAUGAUGGACCUAAGGCGAUACCCGCUGGAUGAGCAGAACUGCACGCUGGAGAUCGAGAGCUAUGGAUACACCACAGAUGAUAUUGAGUUUUACUGGCGAGGUGGAGAAGGGGCCGUCACGGGGGUGGAGAGGAUCGAACUGCCUCAGUUCUCCAUCGUGGACUACAAACUCAUCUCCAAGAACGUGGUUUUCUCCACAGGUUCUUAUCCACGUUUGUCUCUGAGCUUCAAACUCAAGAGGAACAUCGGUUACUUCAUCCUGCAGACCUACAUGCCCUCGAUCCUAAUCACCAUCCUGUCCUGGGUAUCCUUCUGGAUCAACUACGAUGCUUCUGCUGCCCGUGUGGCUUUAGGUAUCACCACCGUGCUGACCAUGACCACCAUUAAUACUCACUUGCGAGAGACCCUUCCCAAGAUCCCCUAUGUGAAAGCCAUAGACAUGUACCUGAUGGGCUGCUUUGUCUUUGUGUUCCUGGCUCUGUUGGAGUACGCCUUCGUCAACUACAUCUUCUUCGGGAGAGGUCCUCAGCGGCAGAAGAGAGCGGCGGAAAAAGCCGCCACGGCCAACAAUGAGAAACUCAGGCCUGACCCCAACAAGUGGUUGGUGGGAAGUGUAGUUCAGAGAGACGAUGCUCUCUAUGCCAGAAUGAAACAGAGGGAAAUUGACGGGUAUGACUCGAUGUGGGAUCCGAUCUUUGCGGAGGAUGCAGGAUUAGGACUAGGCGAUCAAAGACUUAAGAUGACCGCUGAUGAUAUCCGGCUGACCACGGUUGAGAUGAAGAACGAAAUGGGUCCGUCCGAUCUGUCCAGGGGUCUGGGAGACCCACGUAGCACCAUGCUAGCCUACGACAGCUCCACCCUUCAAUACCGUCGAGCGGCCAUGGCUCGGCAAAACUACGGCCACAGUGCCCUGGAGCGCCACGCCACCCAGAAGAAAAGCCGGCUCAGGAGACGGGCUUCCCAGCUCAAGGUCAACAUCCCGGACCUGUCCGAUGUCAACUCCAUCGACAAGUGGUCGAGGAUGAUCUUCCCCACCGUGUUUUCCUUCUUCAACAUAGUUUACUGGCUUUACUACGUGCAUUAAAAGCAUCCGGAGAGCGGAACGGACCAAAAGAGAAAA